UUUAAGGCCCAGCCCAGGCUAUAGAGGGAAGUGUCCCUGUCACGGCCCAGCCAUGGGGGAUACCUUCAUUCGCCAUAUCGCCCUGCUGGGCUUCGAGAAGCGCUUCGUCCCCAGCCAGCACUAUGUGUACAUGUUCCUGGUUAAGUGGCAGGACCUGUCGGAGAAGGUGGUCUACAGAAAAUUCACCGAGAUCUACGAGUUCCAUAAAAUGCUGAAGGAGAUGUUCCCCAUCGAGGCCGGCGAGAUCCACACAGAGAACAGAGUCAUCCCACACCUCCCCGCACCCAGGUGGUUUGAUGGGCAACGAGCCGCUGAGAGUCGCCAGGGCACGCUCACUGAGUACUUCAACGGCCUCAUGGGACUGCCCGUGAAGAUCUCCCGCUGCCCACACCUGCUGGACUUCUUCAAAGUGCGGCCUGAUGACCUGAAACUGCCCACUGACAGCCAGGCGAAGAAGCCAGAGACGUACCUGGUGCCCAAAGAUGGCAAGAAUAAUGUAGCUGAUAUCACAGGCCCCAUCAUCCUUCAGACCUAUCGGGCCAUCGCUGACUACGAGAAGAGUUCGGGAACAGAGAUGACCGUGGCAACCGGAGACGUGGUGGACGUAGUGGAGAAAAGCCAGAGCGGCUGGUGGUUUUGCCAGAUGAAGACAAAGCGAGGUUGGGUCCCUGCAUCCUAUCUGGAGCCCCUUGACAGUCCCGACGAGGCAGAGGAUCCGGAUCCCAACUACGCAGGUGAACCGUAUGUAACCAUCAAAGCGUACACUGCUGUUGAAGAGGACGAGGUGUCCCUGUCUGAGGGUGAAGCCAUUGAGGUCAUUCAUAAGCUCCUGGAUGGCUGGUGGGUGGUCAGGAAAGGGGAUAUCACUGGCUACUUCCCAUCCAUGUAUCUGCAGAAGGCUGGGGAGGAGAUAACCCAGGCCCAGCGACAGAUCAGAGGCCGCGGGGCACCACCUCGAAGGUCGACCAUCCGCAACGCACAGAGCAUCCACCAGCGUUCUCGGAAGCGCCUCAGCCAGGACACCUAUCGCCGCAACAGCGUCCGAUUCCUACAGCAGCGCAGACGCCCCGGGCGACCCGGGCCGCAGAGCACGGAUGGCGCAAAGGACAAUCCAUCGACUCCGCGAGUCAAACCACAGCCCGCGGUGCCUCCGCGACCCAGCUCGGACCUCAUCCUGCACCGCUGUACAGAGAGCACCAAACGGAAGCUGACGUCCGCUGUGUGAGAGGCAGCGGCCCUAGACGGCUCCUAUCCCUAUCUCUGUAUAUACUUGUGUAUAGCCUCAGGUUAGAGACUCCUCCCCUGCCUUAAGGUUUGGAAUGGACUGAGACUCUGCAGCAAAGGACAGGACUGGGUUAAUCUCCACCGGUAUUGCUUGCAUGAGAGGAGGCAGUGAGCGCUGCUAGGGUGGGGGUUGCAGGGACAAAAAAGAUCUGAUUACCUGCUGCUGUAGUCUCUGACCAAGUUUGCAGAAGGCCAAGUGCCUUAGGAACGCCCUAGGAAAGUGUUUCUCAACCUGUUGGCUGUGACCCCUUUGGGGAGGGUGUCAAAAGACUUUCCCAGAGGUUGCCUAAGACCAUUGGAAAAUCCAGAUAUUUAUUUCUAUAGAUGUUUAUAUUAUGAUUCAUAAAAGUAGCGAGAUGACAGUUAUGAAGUAGCAAUGAAAAUAAUUUUAUGACUGGGGGUCCCCACAACAUCGGGAACGAGCUGUAUUAGGGUCACAGCAUUAGGGAGGUUGAGAAGCACUGCCCUAGGGCCUCAGGAUGUUGCCCAGUUGGGAGAGCUUGACUAGCAUGCAACCGGGCCUGGCUUCCAUUCCCAACAUCCCAUAAUAGGGCGUGCCAGUGUCCCAGCAUCAGGGCGGUCGAGCCGAGGCUCACAUCUGUAAUUUCAGAGCCAAGAGUCAAGAGAACUGCAGUUAGACUCAAGAUCUCGGCCUGGGCCAUGUAGGGGAUUUGAGAUCAGAUUUAGCUAGUGUGAGAUCCUGGGUCAAACCACCCCAUCCCACAGCAUAACGGGCGUAGGGAGUCUCAGGGGGAUGAAAGCAACUGUCAUUAGUGGACAGUUAUAGAUAGAUUAAUAUUAGCAACGAAUGACUAGUGUCAUUUUAGUGUCAUUAGUGAUGUGGAGACUUUGCUUUCAUGUCUCUAAGACCUUGCUGGUAUUUCCAUCCCCAAAUGCAAAGAAACCGCGCUGGCUGGUCUAGGUCAACUUGACACAAGCUGGUGUCAUCUAAGAGAGGGAACCUCAAUUGAGGAAACACCUCAGUGGUUAAGAGCACCAGCUGCUUUUCUGAGGACUGGUGUUCGAUUUCCAGCAUCCACAUUUGCCUGUAACUCCAGUUUUAGGGCAUCUGACACCCUCACACAGCCAUAUAUGCAGACAGAAGACCAAUGCACAUAAAUUAAAAUACACACCGAAAAAAACUUAAAAAGAGAGAAAAUGCCUCCAUAAGAUCUUGGUGAUUGAUGGGGGAGGGUCCAGCCCACAGUUGGUGGUGCCAUCCUGGGCUGGUGGUCCCAUCCUGGGCUGGUGGCCCUGGGUUCUAUAAGAAGGCAGGCUGAGCAAGCCAUGGGGAGGAAGGCAGUAAGCAGCACCCCUCCAUGGCCGCUGCAUCAACUCCUGCCUCCAGGAUCCUGCCCUGCUUGAGUCCUUGCCCUGCUUGAGUUCCUGUCCUGACUUUUUUCAGUGAUGAACAACAUGGAAUUGUAAGCUGAAUAAAUCUUUCCCUCCCCA